AUGCCGAAUUCAGUCCCAAUUUCCGGCCCCGCCUCGCCCCUUACACUACCCCUGCUUGCGCCCCAGGAGGCGCGCAUGCGGCAGGAGGUGCUGAACCCAUUCCGCACGGUGCGCAUGUUUCUGUACGGCGCGUUCAUCGCGUCCGCGUCCAUCGGCGCGCUCAUCACCGCCACCUCGCUGCUCGCCAUCGCGACCGGCGCGCGCGACGCGGACGCACUGCAGAUCCAGGACUCGCUCAAGGACCUCGGGAUUGACGUGGCGGCUGUCGCUAUAUUCGCGUUCCUGUACCGGUCGGACGCACGGGGCAAGGACGCAUCCCUGAACCGGCUCACCCGGGAGGAGUCCCUGGCAAAGCUGCGUCUAGAGCUGCCCACGGGGCGCAUAGUCAGCCUCGCCCAGCUGCAGGGCUCCUGUCGCCUCAUCAUUGUCGCCGGCCCCCUCUCCCACGUGCAAACCGCUCUCGCUGCUGCUGAGCCGUACCGCGCUGCACUCCUGGAGCGAGCAGUGGUGGUGGCGCCACUUGUGACUGUGGGUGCUGAAGCAGGGGUGGCGGCUUCUGGGAAUGUUGUGCUGCCGGGAAAUUUUAAGGGGUUUGCGGAGGUGGUGGACCCUGCUUGGGGAGGUGAAGUGGCUGGGGAUGGUAGUGGUGCGGGGAAGGUGGGAGAGGGUCCUGACGUGGAGGCGGGCCCGUCGUCUGAUUUGCUGUACCCAGGAAUCACGCUGUCCGAGAAUGAGAUGCGAUGGGGAUUCAUCAGGAAGGUCUACGGCAUCAUCGGAGCACAACUCCUGCUCACCGCAGCCGUCGGAUCGUGCUUCGCUCUCAUCCCAUCCGUCCGUGAUUUCGGCUUGACCAAUGGAUACUUCAUGUUCUUCGCAACCAUCCUACCCUUCGCCACGCUCAUUCCUCUCGUCAUUUAUCGGUCUCGCCAUCCUCUCAACCUGGCCUUGCUCGCAAUCUGGACGGCGUCUAUGAGCAUGACCGUGGGGCUCAUCUGCAGCAUGUACAGCGGGCCCAUAGUGGUGGAGGCCCUUGGCCUUACGGCUUCAGUGGUACUGGGGCUGACAGCGUACACCUACUAUGCUGUCAAGAAGGGGCAGGAGUUCAGCUAUCUGGGUCCCAUGCUGUACGUCAGCCUCUGGCUGCUUCUCGGCUGGUCCUUCAUUCAAAUCUUCUGGGGCCUCGGCAGCGAGUUUGCUCUGGCUCUGGUGGGUGCUCUCAUCUUUGCCCUCUUCAUUGUGUACGACACCGACCUUAUCAUUAGGCGGUACUCAUAUGACGAGUAUGUGAUGGCAAGCCUCAACAUCUAUCUUGACAUCAUCAACCUCUUCAUUCGCAUGCUUGAGAUCCUACAGUAUCUGCAGGGCAACAACUGA